AUGCCCGGGCUCCUGUCUCUGGCCCACAGAGUCACCUGGGCCGCCGUGCGCCACGGCUGCCGCUGCUGCGGCCUCGGGAUGUUCUAUGCCGUCCGCAGGGGCCGGCGGACGGGGGUGUUCGCCAGCUGGGAGGAGUGCCGCGCCCAGGUGGACCGCUUUCCUGCCGCCAGGUUCAAGAAGUUCGCCACGGAGGAUGCGGCGUGGGCGUUUGUCAGGAGCGCGGCGAGCCCCGAGGGUCCUGCAGGGCAGAAAGACAAAGCUGCAGAGGCAUCGCUGGUGAGACCCGGCAAGCGGCCCCGGGAGCCGUCGGGGGAGGCUGAGGGUCUGGAGGGCACGGAGCCAUGCGCGAAGCAGGCGAGACAGCCCUCGGAGGCCCCGUUGGUCAGCCCGGACACAUUCUCUUACCUGGGAGAAUUUGUCGUCGUCUACACCGAUGGCUGCUGCUCCAGCAACGGGCGGAGGCGGGCACGAGCAGGGAUUGGUGUUUACUGGGGGCCAGGACAUCCUUUAAACCUCAGCGUUAGACUUCCUGGGCGACAGACGAACCAAAGAGCCGAGGUCCAGGCAGCCUGCAGAGCCAUUGAACAGGCCAGGGCUCAGCGCAUCCACAAGCUGGUCCUUUAUACGGACAGCAUGUUCACUAUAAAUGGCAUCACCAGCUGGGUUGAGGGCUGGAAGAAGAAUGGCUGGAGGACCAGCGCUGGGAAGGAGGUCACCAACAAGGAGGACUUCAUGCAGCUCGAGAGGCUCACGCGGGGCAUGGACAUCCGGUGGAUGCAUGUUCCUGGUCACUCGGGAUUCACAGGCAAUGAAGAAGCUGACAGGCUGGCUCGGGAGGGAGCUAAGCAGCCUGAAGAUGGAGUCAUUUAG